CUGCCCUCAGGCUCCGUCCCGGCCCGCCGGGCCCUUCUCCCGCCGCUCCCGCCAUGCGCCACAGCCUCACGCAGCUGCUGGCGGCCUCGGCCGGCGGGGCCAGCCCCUCGGGCGCCGUCUGGCCGCUAGCCGGAGCGGGACAGGCCCCGAGAGGGCGGGAUGGCGGCGGGGAAGGGGACCCGGGGCCCGCGCGGCCCAAACCGCAGCCGCCGCCGCGGCGGGAGCCCCCGGGCGCCUCGGAGCCGAGGCGGCAGGAGAAGGAGGCCGAGGCGCCCGGCCCGCUGGAGGUGUGGGAGCAAGAGGACUGGUUCCCGGGCCUGGAGCUGGGAGACCUGCUGGAGGCCGCCCGGCCGGACUGGGACCUAGACGCGGAGCUGAGCGACUGCUUUUGUGGGGACCCGGAGCCGCUGCCCGCGUCGGGCCAGCGCCCGCGGCCGGCGGCGCCCGGGCGGAGGAGCGGCGGGGCCGGGAGUCGGCUGAAGGCGGCGGCGGCGGCGCGGUUGAACCGGCUGAAGAAGAAGCAGUAUGUGCUGGGGCUGGAGAGCCGCCUGCAGGGCCUGGCUGCCGAGAACCGGCAGCUGCGGGACCGCAACCGCGGCCUGAGCCGCCGCCUGCGAGAGCUGGAGCGGGAGAGCAGCUACCUGCGGGCUGUGCUGGCGAACCAGAGCGCGCUGGGGCAGCUCCUGAGCCGCCUGGCCGGGACCCGCGCCGGCGGGCUGCAGCUCAGCACCAGCCUCUUCAGGGACACGGGCAGCCCCCGCCACCAGCACCUCCAGCCCGCCGGCGAGAGCAGCGACCACGACUACGCCCUGCCCAGCUCCCGGCCCCGCGGGCUGGAGGAGGCGGCGGCGGUGACUGAGACGGAGGAGGAGUGGGCGGCCCCCGGCGGGAUCUGCCUGCACGUGGACCGGGAUCAGGUGUCGGUGGAGUUCUGCUCCAUCUGUGCUAGGCGGGCAGCGGCCUCCUUCAAAAUUUUCUCUUUUAGGUGGUUGCCCUGCCAGGCUCCGUUGUGUAGGGGUUAAAGAACAGUCGUUUUCCACCUCGCAACCUGUGGAUUCAGCUGUGUUGGGGCAGAAGAGACGGGACCAGCUGCUGGCCACAUUUCCUGCUUUAUUUUAAAAGGUAGUAUAAGAAAUGAGAAUAAAGAGGUAACAGGGCUUUUGCUGUAUUUGGUUAAAAAAAAAAAAGAAGUUGAAUGCUGGGAUUAUUUACUGUCAUCCAAGAUGUUUUUUUUUAAAAAGGCAAUAGUCUGUCAAAUAGGUUUUACUCCACUGUAUGCAGAAUUCCAUCUGUUCAGGGGAUAUUGCCAGCACAAAAGAGACUUAGUGGGAUAUGUGUGACCUUACACCUCUGUGGUGGCAUCAACAGGGCUGUUCAAAAUUUCAGUCUUAACUUGGGUAACUCUGCUGUAACUGAUGGGUUGUACCAGUGCACAGGAGUCAGAGUUAACCACCAGGACCUGCACUGACUGAUACGUAAAAUGGAAAUAAUUUAGAUUCAACCUAAUCUCAACCUGCCUGGCUCAGACUUCAUGAAAGUGGUUUAUUUUUCAGUUUAACGUGCUUGAGGAAAAGAGAAACACUAAUGUAGCAAGCAUGGGAUGUUCCAUUGGCAUUUUUACAGUUACUUCAGUGUAGGAGUGUUUUUUAAGUUAAUUUAAGUAUGCAUUCUUUCUUGUCGCAUCACUGCUGAAUGGCAGGGUCAGGGACAGUUCUUCUGGCCUCUGCUGAACCUGCACAAUGCUCUGUCAUGACACGACCUGUGGCUGUGUCUGAGAGCAGCUGAUUUUCUGACAUGCAAAAUGAUGUAUUGUGGUACAAGAACAAGGUCAAGUCCCAAGAAAGUCAGUGGCUGCAGGCAUUUCUAGUGCCUACUGAAUCAUAUUUAAACCAAAUAGAAGGGAGGAAGUUAUUUGAAACUAACCAACUGUACUAUCUGUAUGGUGUAUUAUUAAUGUAGCUUUUUGAAGUGAAAGCCUUGAAAUGAAAUAAUACUUGAAAAUAUAUUGUAAAUGUUUCUUUGUAAUUAUGUGCCAUUCAGAUAAGAAUACAAUAUCAUAAUAAAAUCAGACUUGUUGAUCUUUCA